UAAAAAAAAAAACGAAUAUUUUGUUCUUCUUGAAGGAGCGAUAUUUUAUAAAUCUUUCAAUUUCUAGAAUUAAUUUUUUUCGUAUAUUACAUAUAUUUUGAAAACUGAUUUUGUACUGCAAAAAAAGUCUCAAAAACCCCACAUCUACUCAUUACUAAUCCAUGAAUUAUAUAUAGGGAUAAAAAAUUAGUAUCUCUACUAUUUAUAAUGAAGGGGUGGAAACCCAUGUGUACAUUCCAUAAAUUCAUGAAAAAAUUAGAGUGGGCGAUGAGAAAAGAAUGUAACAAAAUAAUUUUUUUUCAUUCUGUACACAGUCAUAUUCUAAACUAUACUAUUACUGCACACAUUUUAUGUUGGUUUUCACAGUUGCAUUAAAAUCAGCUUAGAGCUUUAGACUUUUGGUUCAUUUGGAACUAAUGGAAUUUCAAAAUUUAUAGGAAUCUCAAGUUCGGAGAUAUGUUUUUUAACAUUUUCUCAUUUAAAAAAUCCACUCAAAGUUGAAUGUUGCCAUAUGAGUAACAUUAAUACAAUUUUUGCAAAUGACAUUGAAACCCUACUUAUCUACAAUAAUUUAAAUAAAUGAUAUCUUAGUGUUAAUAAGAUUUAGUUAAGUACGUACCAGACAAUAUACUUACCUCAACUAGAUAACGUAUAGAGCCUUUAAAAAUCAUGAGGUACUUCAAAUUUAUAGUCAGUCUCUUUUUGAUCAAAAUCGCUUACAUAAAAUGUGCAAACAUUUUGGCAAUCCUUCCCAUGGUUCAAAAAAGUCACUAUGUCAUGUAUCGCAAAUUACUGGAAGAACUAGUGAACAGGGGACAUACUGUUGAUAUCUUAGGAGGAAUUCCAUCAAAGACUGAAGCCAAUAUAACUGGUUUAAACUUCAUUGAUUUCCCACAACUAAACCAUCCAGAUGUGCCACCGUUUAGCAUCAAAGACCUACGGAAGUUUACUGUGAAUUACGCUGUUAAAUUUAUGUUUCAUUUGCAUGGUAUACCGGUAUGUAAAGAUAGUUUUGAAUUGGAAAAUGUGAAAAAUUUAAGAGAUUCCAAGAAGAAAUACGAUCUUCUCAUAAUUGAGAUCUUCAUUUGUGAUUGUUACUAUGGAUUUGCCCAUACAUUUAAAGUUCCAGUUGUGUCACUGAUAUCCAGUUCGGAUUUGCCAUGGGGUGGUUAUAGAAUAGGAAAUCCAGAUAAUCCUUCAUAUAUUCCAGUUUACUUCCAAGGAUUGAGACCGGACAAAUCGUUGUAUGAUAGAUUUUGGAACACAGUUUCUUAUGCUCAAACAAAAAUUGGUCAUUGGUGGUACACCAAGGAACAAGAUAGAAUAGCUAGAAAUUUCUUUGGUGAAGAUAUGCCUAGCAUCAAUGAUAUUGUAUCGAAUACUAGUAUUCUUCUUCUCAAUAGCCAUUUCACUGUGAAUAUGGCAAGACCAGCAGUUCCAAAUUUCAUUGAAGUUGGUGGUUUACACAUAGAUAGAAAUGUCAAGCCCUUAGAUAAGAAAAUGGAUGAUUUUAUAGGAAACAAAAAAUUCAUUUAUUUUUCUCUUGGAUCUUUGGCAGCUUCCGAGACAUUUGAAAAAGAAAUUUUGAGAACUUUCAUGGAUACCUUUGCUGAAUUAGACCACAAAGUUUUAUGGAAAGCGAAUAGAACUGAGAUGGAAAAAAGUGUGGCUAUACCUGCUAAUGUACUUGUACAAACUUGGAUGCCUCAGUUAGAUAUUUUAUGUCAUCCUAACAUACUUUUCUUCAUCACGCAUACUGGUCUUCUAGGAACUCAAGAAGCAAUUCAUUGUGGCGUUCCAAUGUUAUGUAUACCCCUCUUUGCUGAUCAGUACCAAAAUUGUCGAAACAUGGUAGAUAAAGGAGUAGCUGAAACCCUAGAACUGGAGUCAUUAACCAAAGAAAAAUUCAGCGAUGUUGUUAAAAAGUUGAUAGACAAGCCCAGGUAUUCACAAAAUGCGAAAAUGUUAUCGAAACAGUUCAAAGACAGACCAUUAUCACCAAUGGAAACGGCCAUGUAUUGGAUCGAUUAUGUGAUAAAACAUAAUGGAGCACCUAAUAUGAAGAGUCCAGCGAUUUAUUUGAAAUGGUACCAAUAUUACCUCAUAGAUGUCCUCAGUUUAGUGACAUUAACAGUUUUUUUAAUUUCAUUGUUCCUUUUUAUUUUAUUUAAAUAUAUAUGGAACAAAAUCAAACAAAGUUCUAGUCAGAAAGAAAAAAUACAAUAAACGAAGAUGAAGUGA